GCGAGAGUAGGGAGAGAUAGCAGGGGGGGGGGAGAUGGAGAAAAGGAGGCAGCUUUAAAAAACUGUUUUUGAGGCCUUUCAGUGCUGAGUGGACUGUAACUGGGAUGAGUGGCCUGGUGAGCUGGGGUUUGACUCUCUGUUAGCUGAGGGUAAGACGGUCAUCUUAAAAAAAACAAACAAAAAAACAGCAAAAGCAAAAAGACGAGCGAAACUUUACCGUUGGUUUAAAGCUGUGCUUGAUGGCUGUUACACAGGCUGUGCUCCCUUCCUUCAGCUCCUUCUCCAGCCUCGCUCACUCCAGUGACAAUAUGAAAGUGUGGAAGUCUGAGGGUAGCUCUCUCCCUCUGGACUCUCUCAGUAACAAACUGUCACCAAACAGCUCUGAGCAGCAGCAGGUCUCUCAACAAAUGACAGAGGAUCUCCUGGACGAUGACAGCCGGGCAUCUUGGGACAUUGAAUUCCUGCUGUCUGACUUGAGCAACCCUUCACCUGAUCUCAAUCCCUCUCUGGAAAACGCUGAUCAGUGGCUCCCACAGCUCGACCCAAACACGGCAUAUCAAGAGGCGGGCAUGUUUAAGGACCUCACGGGACAGGAGUGUCUGCAGGUGAACAAUGGCGGCCUCAUGGUGGAGCUCCUGUCCACUGCUGAUACCACAACAGUCCAGCCAGAGUUGUACCACCAUGGUUACAAUGAUGACCAAACAGGUCGGACUUCAGUUCCCAGCCUACCAAAUGUAGACCAGUUUGGCUUCCCGCAAGGAAGCAGAGGAAACCAUAGCAAAGUCACAUCGUGGGACUUUAACCCCUACUAUCCCCAGCAGCACCCCUCCAUGGUGAACUUCCCAGACAGCAGGUUCCCCCCACCUCAGUCUGUGACCCCUGACCCUCGACACUACAGCUACAUGACCAGCUUCAAUCACAACACCAACAUUUUCUGUGACUACACCCACGGCCAGAUGACUGGUCAUCUGCCCCUUCACCAGCAGCCCUUGCUGGUUGGACCCCAGCUGCCCCCUGCUGGCGUGGAGGGGAAGCGCGGUCGAAGGGCCACAGGGAAAAAGAGGCCCGCCAUCCACAGCUGUGAAUACCCCGGCUGCAGCAAGACCUACACCAAGAGCUCACACCUCAAGGCUCACCUCCGCACCCACACAGGGGAGAAGCCGUACCACUGCUCAUGGGAAGGCUGCAGCUGGAAAUUUGCUCGCUCAGAUGAGCUGACUCGUCACUACCGCAAGCACACGGGCCAGAAACCCUAUGAGUGUCUGCUGUGUCAGAGGGCCUUCUCCCGCUCUGACCACCUGGCUCUGCACAUGAAGAGACACACCUGAAGCUCACACACACACACAGACACACACACACACACACAAACCACUGGCAUUUGAACAAAGAAGCUGAAAGGCAUACAACUUAUGAUCACUUUGAUGGUCCUUGUAUUCUGACCCAUUCUGAGGCUCAGUAACCACAGAUAUUAACUUAACAUGUUCCCAGUGUUAACUGGAAAUCUGUACUUCAUCUGGCUGGUAAACAAUAUGGGCUUACAGGUAUACUUAGGCCAUGAAAACUGACAACACAACCAGUGGUCGGUUCGCAUCACAAAUCAUUCGGCACAUGCUGGAUGGGGGAAGUCUGACGAUCUGAUUAUCAGAUUUUUGAUUAUCUAUUUUUUGAUUUUCUUCGAAAGACAAAGUUCGCAAAUCUAAUUUAAAAGCCUUCAACAUAUGAAAUUAACUUUUUAAAAGAAAUGAUUGAUAUCCACUGCUCAAAAAAUGACUCAUGAAGGACAAUUUAAAAAAAUAUAUCUGUAACUGACUUUGAUGUGUAAAAUCGGUCGAGGUUUGUUUUUAAUUCCUUUCAGUUUAGAUUACAUGAACUCCGACUGGUUACUCGGACAUCAUAAACCCACGACGAUGGAGACUAAGACUUUGAGGACCUUCAUAACCUUCACAGCUACAUGUCUCACACCAAUCGUCAUGUUAAAGCUACACCUAAAUCUGAUUGUAAUCCGAACCCUGAGACUUAGUCCUUACAUCAUGAUGCCUAAAAAUCAAACUGGUCCCCUGAAGACCAGCACAAGAACACACACCCAGAAUGUAGUAAAGAUAGGAUGCUUUCAGCUAUAAGGGCCACUUAGACAAACAAUGUACACACUAUGGGCAUGUACACAGCAGAUUUAAACACUAACAAAAGACCUACCCAAAAAUGUGAGCAACAUGGGUUAUAAUGGUGUAUCCAGUAGGAGCUCAUGGUUCACUUAACGUAGUCAUGACCGCUUAGCAGCGCUGGGAUGAUCUGAUAUCUUUGUCUGAAUUCCCUUUCAAGUAAGAACUUUACUACCACUACUAUAAUAAUAAUGAUUGUAACUUUAAGUGUAUGAUUGUACAGUAAGUGCAGGGUUGUGUACAUUUGUCAUCUAGCUUUAUGUUUGUCUGUUUGGAGAAUUUUAAUUUAAGAAAAAUAUGAAUGCUUUUUUUUCUUUCUCAUCGAACAGAACUCAAAUCUGUAAAUACCGCAUCUUUCUCCAUUGUUUAUUAUCAUCUAAAAAUGAGCAGCAUAUUUAUUAAAGUGAUCUUUUAUAUCAAAGGAAGAUACUAUAUUAUUGUACAAUGUUUUUCUAUUCUCAAAAGAGUGCUUUAAAAUCUUUUAAUUGUUGCCAUCAAUGUCAUAGUUUCAAUAAAGAGCUCUGAUGCUGUAAA